AUGUGCAGAACGUUUUUUGUUCUUCCAGAGGACGAGGCGGACGACGACGCGUAUAGCGAAGGAGAGGUGCCGCUCAAGAGACCCGCGGGCCCUGCCCCAGCCGAUGCCAAGACGAGGGCCCCUGAUGCCAAGGCAGCCUCGAAGGGGGGCGACACGUGCGCGGAUCGCACCGACGAGGUCGACGGCGAGGGGGAAGCCCCGCUGGGUGCGCUCGCAGCCCCUGCCAAAGCAUCUGCCCGAGCACAGGCUGCGGCCGCAAAGGAGGAUGAUGAGGGUGCAGAGGUGCUCGGGAGCGAUGAGGAGGUUCCCCUGAAGAGGAUCGAGGGGCGUCUGGAUGAAAAGAAGGCGGCGGGAAAGGGGAAGGGGAAGGGGAAGAGCUGCAAGGAGUUUGAGGUGUUCGUGGGAGGACUCCCGCCAGCGGCCACGGAGAAGAAGGUGCGCAAGCAUUUCGCAGGGUGCGGUAACAUCAUCUCAGUGAAUCUGCCGCUCAGCAGCGACGGGGUCCACCGCGGGAAGGCUUUCGUCGAGUUCGAUUCGAAGGCCGCUUGCGACACCGCGAUAAAGCUCCAUGACGGGAGCGACUUCCAAGGCUCCUCGAUAAGCGUGCGCCUGGCUGGUGACAGGGGCAAAUCCGCCGAGACCACGGAGAGGUGGAGAAAGGAUUUUGAGGUGUGCGUGGCUGGGCUGCCGUUCUCGAUGUCGACAGAUGACAUCAGGAAGGUGUUCGAGAAGUACGGCAAAAUCGUGGCGUUCAGGAUGCCCCCCGACGCUGCAGGUAAUCACCGCGGGAUCGCGUUCGUGUGCUACGCAUCCCGGUCGUCCUGCGCGGCGGCCCUUGCGUUGCACGGCACGAUCUUCGGCGAGCGCGGGCUCUUCGUCUACAUGUCGGGGGACAAGGCCGCCGCUUCCGCUGCGCGGAAGCCGCCACUUCCACUUCCUCUCAAGGAGAAAGCCGCAGCGUGCAAGAAGGAGUUCGAGCUGUUCCUUGGUGGGCUGCCCUUCGCUGCAACCGAGGAUGUCCUGCGGAAGGACUUUUCGGAGUGUGGCGAGCUGGCGUCCUUGAGAAUUGUCAAGGACGCGGAUGGCAACUGCAAAGGCACCGCCUUCGUCGAAUAUCGUGACAAGGCGUCGUGUGAGGCUGCUCUGAAAUUUGAUGGCACCGAAUACGGCGGCCGCAAACUUAGAGUGCGCUACUCCAGCGACGACAGUGGCAAGCGCACAAGCGAAGCAGGCAAGGGUAAGGGCAGGGGUAAAGGCAAGGCCAAGUCCGGAAAAGCCCCAGUGGUCACGGGGAACAAGGACUUGGAAAUAAUGAUUACCGGAUUACCUUUCGCUGCCACGCAGGAGAAGGUUAGAGAAGAUUUUGAAGAAUGCGGCGAAAUCGUCCGUCUCGUUAUGCCGCUGAACGACGACGGCAAUGCCAAAGGCAAUGCUUACAUCGAGUUCACAUCAAAGGCAGCAUGCGAGAAAGCUCUGGAAUACAAUGACACUGAGUACGGUGGGCGUUGGAUUCGAGUGCGGAUGUCCGGUGACCGUGUUGGAUCUGCCGAAUCCAAGGCGAAAGCCAAGAGCAAGGUUGGCGUUCAGAAGACAGGGCAGGUCAAGUUUGAUUCCGAUGAUGAGUAG